GGAAACAUUUCUGAGUCACGUGACCUUCGAAACGAUUUUCAAUGCACGCGACCUGCUCAGUCAAUCAGUGUUAUUUGUUUCCUACAAAUUAUCAUAUUUCCUAUGCAGUCGCGCAAAAUUGUCCAGGAGAAUGAAGGAAUUAUUUACGCGUUCUGUAAUACAGCUCCUGUGAGUAGAAGAGGGACAGAGUUGAGCUUAACUGAGCUGUAGGUGAAUGAAUAAAAGUUCUUAUUUUGUUUAAAACGAUGUGGACAAGAUUGCUGAAUACAAUCUACAGAUGUUUUGGAGUCAGGGGGAGUGGAGGACCAAAGAGGAUUUGGAGUUUGCACCCCAGGGUAAAUUGCAGCACUCUUUCCUUACCUUCUGGACGGAUCACAGCUCUGCAGGCGAUGGAUGUUUGGGCAAAGCACUUUGAGGAGAAAGGUGUGAUUGAGCCUGAGCAAUCCAGCCAGUUCAUCAUUGCUCAUCUGCUGGGGGCAAAAACUAAAGAAUGUCUGGAGCGCAAAAGGUUAACAGAGUUCCUCAGCUGUGAGAAAACAGAACAGGUGUGGCGGCUCUGCACCAGGCGCCUCUCUAGAAUGCCGGUGCAGUAUAUCAUCGGGGAGUGGGACUUUAGAGACCUGACACUGAAGCUGAGGCCUCCUGUGUUCAUACCAAGACCUGAAACCGAGGAGUUGGUCGAGCUGGUGCUCACGGAUCUGCAGAGGGAAUCCAGAGCUGGAGUGGGAUCAGCUGCUCAGGAAUCAUGUGUGGAAGUGGGAUGUGGAUCAGGAGCCAUUUCUCUUAGUCUGCUGAAGAGUUUGCCUCGGCUUAAAGUCUUUGCCUUGGAUCAAAGCCAGGAUGCAGUUGAAUUAACCAGAGAGAAUGCUUCGAGGUUGGGGCUUCAGGACAGACUCCAGGUUUCUCGUGUUGAUGUCAUGAAAGAUGCAGACAGAGUGUUGAGCCUCUGCAGUUCAGCUUCAGCUCUGGUCAGUAAUCCGCCAUACCUGUUUUCAGAAGACCUUCAAUCCCUGGAGCCGGAAAUUUAUAGAUUUGAGGAUCAUGCUGCUUUAGAUGGAGGUGAAGACGGCCUGACUGUGAUCAAACAGAUUUUAACUCUGGCCCCACUCAUUUUGUCAAAUCACGGUCGCGUUUACUUGGAAGUGGACCCCAGACACCCCCCGCUCAUUCGGCAGUGGGCGGAGGAGAACGUGGAAGAGCUGCGGUUUGUGGAAACGCGACGCGACACCAGCGGCAGGCCACGAUUCUGCAUCCUCCAGAAGGCGUCACACAAGGACCACAAACUGGAUCAGGAUUGAGGAACUGAGAUCCUAUUACACUGACUUUAGCUCAGGUCGCCCCAGCCUCGACCCCCACUGAGUCACCAGGCUCACGCUAAUACGGUCCCUUAAAAAAUAAAAAAUAUCCUGCAUAACGUCAGACGGUUUUCCUGUCACAGAUGCACUUUUCACCUGGUGACGGAUGCCCCCCCCCCCCCAAUCUCACAAUAAAAAAUGUGAAUGCGACGGCACAAAAGCAGGCUCCGAGCUGAAGGUAAUUACCAGAGCUUUUCUAAGAACGAACCCUCUCAGAACCUCCCUCACUCCUCCCGGGAAGCAUUCAGUAGUUCUGUGAAUCCGCUGAUGAACGGUCCUCCCCUCCGCUCACCCACUGAUUCAGAUGCAGACCAUAUGCAUUGUUGAGCAAAACACACACACACAUCGUGGCCUUAUUACAUCCUCUCAAAAUCUGCUUUUCUCUCAAUAAAUGCUCAAAGGCCACCAAGU